GGUUACGCCGUUGGAACACUGCAGAUUGGACAGCAGCAAUUCACAAUUAUGUUUGACACAGGAGGCUUUUCCAGAUGGCUCCCAUCCACCCUGUUACCAGCUGGUUGUUUACAGGGAAAGGAAAGAUAUGACGUAAACUCAAUAACUCGCACUUCACUCGAAAUAGCCCAUGCUUCCGGUUAUUUGGAUGGUGUGCAGAGAGGAAAUAUUGUGACGGAUAACCUUGUGGUAUGUUUUUCCCGAUUUCCGUUUGUCGAAAUACUGGAGUCCACAUGUCAAGUAAUGCCUGGGGAGUAUUUUGACGGAAUCUUUGGGAUGGGAAAACCGAAUCCAGGCUCGGGAUAUGAGACAUUUCAAACGACCUUGAUUGAAUAUAUGGUGGCUAAUGGAGCAGCCCAAGAAAGGUUGUUUACAUUCCGAUUCUGCGGAAUGCAGUACGGUGAGCAGAUCCUGUGUGAAAUGUGUCAUGCCGUCAUGGAUACUGGGGCCCCAGUCACAGUGAUGCCUUUGGGGACAGUGCAAUCGCUUAUUCAAAAUCCCGAAAUUAUAGACAGAGGCAAUGGUCUACUCUACGUUCUUCCGGCGAUGGUGCCACUGGUAAAAGAUUUCAAAAUAACAAUCGGUGAACGUGUUUUCACAAUUCCGCCAAAAGAUCUGCUGAAUCCCAAUCCUGAAUUCAGCACCUUUGGAGCAGGCUAUACCCAAAAUUAUCAAGGAUUGGAAUGGACAAUCGGGUUAUCAUUCCUGCGAAAUUUUCACACUGUGUUUGAUGAAGCGGGAGAACGAAUGGGCUUUGCUAAAGUGCAGUGCUAA